AUGGCUGCUGCUGCUGCUUCUUCCUCAUCAUCGUCCUCAAGGUCAUAUGCUUCUUCGUCCUCGUCCUACCAUACCCAGUUGCCUGCAUAUGCUCGCAGCCUGGCCGCCGCCCCUCCAUCGAACCCCGACUACACCCCGAACUCUGCCGUGUCAGACCUGACGGAAUACUCCACUCCGCAAGAACAGCUCCGGCCUCUUGACCUCGGCCCUCCCGGCUUCAACGCAAUAAUAACCCUAUUCGAGGGCACAUCCGACGAGAAGACUGUAUACCUGGGGCCAUGGGAGGUGGUUGGCACCGAGAGCCGGCGCGUCCUCUGGCAAUGCAGCUAUCAACUAGAACGCCUUGAACACUUCCUACCUACCUCAUCGCCGCUCGAGACCUUUCCCCAUACGCUUCAUUCUAGACAUCGCCAGUUUUCCGAUCCGUGUGCGCUUGAGCAGCAUGUCACAUUUCGCGAGCUACAUCGGGUUCGAUAUACAAAUGAGGAUGGCGUGGUGAUUCACGACCAGCCGAUUCAUGUAAAAUACGAGUUUACAACGCUCGACUCGGCGCUCACUUUCCAGGGCGACCUCCGGAAGAAGGAUCUGAUGGACAGCUUUGAUGUGGACGUGGUGUGGACCGACACGCAGGGGCGAACAGACACCUUUGGCAACGUGCGCGGCAUCGGCACGGUACAGCGCCUCAAGCUGUGGUGCGAUCGCUACAACCAGUCGCACUCGCUGACGGUAUUUGCAAAUCACCACCACACGAGCCACAACCAGCGCCGCCAUCGCGGUGGCGGCAGUGGCCGCGGUGACGGCGUCUACCGCGAAUUCCAGGUCGACCAGUUCGAGGGCGAGGUCCGGAACCGCGACGAACGGCACCGCACCCUCCGGCUUGAGGUCCGCGGCAGUAGCCGGCGCGGGAGUGGCGAUUCCUCCGGAGGAGCGGGCGGUGUGGGGAGACGUAUGUCGUUGGCUUCUGCCUUUCGCUCCUCGCGCCGCGGGUCCACUGCUUCUUCCUCCUCCUCGACCUCUUCUUUGGCGCAGUCGGGCGCGGGAGAUGGGAUGCGAUACCUGGGUAUCCAGUUCAGCCGCAGCGAAGACUACCGCCGGUUCCUGGAUACCUGGCUCAUAGCGCACAGCUCAGACAGCGAGUACCACGGCAUUGCCCAUCCCGUGGACGUAUUUGAGCUGCCAUCUCCCCAGAUUGCUGCGUCCACGUCGUAUGAGCUCUCAUCGCAGUCCCUCUGGCAGGCCGAAUUGCCGCUCAUGCCGAGCCUGCCUCCGCCUGCAGAGGUGCCCGAAGAAGAAGACGAUGGCCCAACGCCGUAA